AUGGUAUGGGCCGGAGACGACAACUGGAUUGACGUUUCUCAGCGUCAGCCUAAUGAUAAAAGUGCACACAACCCAGAAAAACAUAGGCUUCUUGCUGAGUUAAGAUCAUAUUCAUCAUCUGGAGCUUCAACAUCUUCAUUUUCUACAAGUACUAGUAGUAUUGGAGGAGAUCAAGUGAAGAUCAAGAUUAGUAAGAAAGAGCUGGAGGAGUUGGUGGUUAAAGGAGGAGGAAACAUGCAGGGUCUUUCGUCUGUGGAACAGCUAUUAACUUGGGUCAUGAUCAACGGCCGUGAUGGUCAUGAUCUGUACUAUGAUGGUCGUGAUGAGAUGAACCGUCAACGGCCCUGGAGGCCUGUUCUCCAAAGUAUUCCGGAAGUUAAUUAA